AUGCAUACUGGAGAAGAAGAAUCUUACGGGUUAGAUGAAACUGAAUCGGUAACACCUAGAAUUAACCCGAUGAGAAACCAACCUCCUAAAGCAGAAAGAAGAAAUGAUAGAGAUGAUUCUGAUACAAAUAGAAAAAUUGCUGAUGCACUACAAAGAAUAGUGGAAAUUGUUCCUGCUAUGACUUCAGUUCCAAUUCAAAGACGGGCCCCGAUAAAGGAAUUGAGAAAGUAUGGUGCCAAUGAAUUUAUGGGUCUGAAAGGAGUCGAUCCAUCUGUAGCUGAAAAUUGGAUGGAGUCGACUAAAAGAAUUUUACGACAAUUAGAUUGUGCCCCCCGAGAGUGUUUGAUUUGUGCUGUAUCGUUGUUACAAGAAGAAGCUUACUUAUGGUGGGAAUCAGUGGUUCGACACUUACCAGAGAACCAGAUAACUUGGGAUCUAUUUCAGAAAGAGUUUCAAAAGAAAUAUAUCGGAGAAAUGUACAUCGAAGACAAGAAACAAGAGUUUUUGACAUUACAACAGGGUGACAUGUCAAUAAUAGACUAUGAGAGAGAAUUCUCAAGACUCAGUAGAUAUGCCUCAGAGUUUAUUCCAACUGAAGCUGAUAGUUGUAAGAGAUUUUUACGGGGUCUACGAGAUGAGAUCAAAUUACAGUUGGUAUCUCAACGUAUUACUGAAAUGGUAGAUUUGAUUGAGCGAGCUAAAAUGGUAGAACAAGUGUUGGGAUUUAAUAAAAAGACUCAAAGUGUUAGACCAGCUGGGAAGCGUACGGGAACUACCAGUUGGAACUCUCAGCCGAAAAGACCAAAAGAAUCUCAGGGUGGUUGGAGAUUCAGUUUUAGAUCAGACAGAGGUGGAAGAAGCCAAGGAAAACAGACGACGGUAUCUACUGGUAGUAUACGAGGUCCACCUCGAGAUGUGGACAUUCCAGAAUGUGGACAUUGUGGAAAGAGACAUUUAGGUGAAUGUUGGAAAGUGGCCGGAGGUUGUUUCCGUUGUGGGUCGACGGAGCAUUUUGUUAAAGACUGUCCAAAGAAUAAAAAUGAUACUCCUGUCACAUCACAGAAAUCAGUAUCUACUACUCGAGGCAGAGGUCUAGGUAGAGGUAGUUCGGUUGCCAGAGGAGGAGCUGGUAGAAGGAGCAGUGAUAUUAUUACUCAACAGUCUGAAGCCAGAAUACCAGCUAGAGCUUAUGUGGUCAAAACUCGUGAAGAAGGCGAUGCCCACGAUGUGGUAACAGGUAUAUUUUUAUUGUAUUCUGAGCCUGUUUAUGCGUUAAUUGAUCCUGGAUCUUCACAUUCUUACAUUAAUUCGAAUUUAGUUGAGUUGAGAAAAUUAAAAUCUGAAAUGUCUAGAGUGUCUAUUGAGGUGUCGAGUCCGUUGGGGCAAACAGUGUUAGUGAAUCAGGUCUACCUAAGAUGCCCGUUGAUUAUACAGAAUAAAACUUUUCUGGUUGACUUGUUAAUUAUGCCAUUUGGGGACUUUGAUAUAAUUUUGGGCAUGGAUUGGUUAUCCGAAUAUGGGGUGAUUUUGGAUUGUUACAAAAAGAGGUUCAGUAUUCAGACAGAGGAUGGGGACACGCAUCAUUUUGCACCAAUCUCUAUACCUCCGUAUCGAAUGUCGCCCACUGAGUUGAAAGAGUUGAAGGUGCAGCUAUAGGAUUUACUAGAUCGUGGAUUUAUCAGACUAAGCAUUUCACCUUGGGGAGCUCCAGUAUUGUUUGUUAAAAAGAAAGAUGGUUCUAUGCGGUUAUGCAUUGAUUAUCGACAGUUGAAUAAAGUGACGAUCAAGAAUCGGUAUCCGUUGCCUCGUAUAGAUGAUUUGUUUGAUCAACUUAAGGGAGCUUCAGUAUUCUCAAAAAUUGAUUUGAGAUCUGGGUAUUAUCAGCUAAAGGUGAAGGAAAGUGAUGGGCCUAAGACUGCCUUUCGUACUCGUUAUGGUCAUUAUGAAUUUUUGGUGAUGCCGUUUGGGUUGACUAAUGCCCCAGCUGCUUUCAUGGAUUUGAUGAACCGCAUUUUUCAGCCGUAUUUAGAUCAGUUUGUGGUGAUUUUUAUUGAUGAUAUAUUGGUAUAUUCGAAGACAGAAGCAGAACAUGAUCAGCAUCUUCGAAUAGUUCUACAGAUUUUACGAGAGAAACAGUUGUAUGGAAAGCUCAGUAAAUGUGAAUUCUGGUUAUCAGAGGUUGUAUUUCUGGGACAUGUAGUAUCUGCAGACGGAAUUCGGGUUGAUCCAAAGAAAAUUGAAACGAUUGUCCAAUGGAAACCACCCAAGAAUGUAUCAGAGGUACGCAGUUUUCUCGGUCUAGCUGGGUAUUACAGGAGGUUUGUAAAUGGAUUCUCAAAGAUAGCACUACCAAUGACUAAACUACUGCAAAAGAAUAUUCCUUUUAUCUGGGAUGACCAGCGCCAGAAGAGUUUUGAGACUUUGAAGCAAAUGUUGACAGAGGCACCGGUAUUAACAUUACCAGAGUCGGGAAAAGAUUUUGUCGUGUAUAGUGAUGCUUCUCUAAGCGGUCUGGGCUGUGUAUUAAUGCAAGAUGGGAAAGUCGUAGCUUAUGCAUCUCGACAAUUAAAAACACAUGAACGUAACUACCCGACGCACGACUUGGAGCUAGCUGCAAUAAUUUUUGCUUUAAAGAUUUGGAGGCAUUACUUAUAUGGUGAAAAAUGCUACAUUUACACGGAUCACAAAAGUUUUAAAUAUCUUCUAUCACAGAAGGAGUUGAAUUUAAGACAGAGACGAAAAGCAGUGGGGGAAUUAAGGGCAAUAUUUGCUCGACUUAGUAUUAAUGAUGAUGGAAGCUUGCUAGCUGAAUUAAGGGUUAAGCCGAUGAUGUUUGAUCAGAUUAGAGCAGCUCAGAUGAAAGAUGAUAGAUUAUUGAAGAAAAGAGAAAUGGUUCAAAAUGGUACAACCAAGAGUUUUAGUAUUGACGGGUAUGAUUGUUUGAGGUUUCAAAAUUGA